UCUGCAACUUCAUACAAUUAAGCCAGCAAUCUUUGCUGCUAUCCGAACACUAUAGAAAGCUAUUAACAGACAAGAUUGUGAGAGCCGCAGUGCUGCAGAAGCAGAAGCAGCAUCACACCUCUAAUCUGAAGGAAUGAGCCUGCACACCAGUCAUAUCCCUCUCUUCCCAAUGAUGUGGGAUUAAUAGGAACACAUAGCACAUAUACUACGCUGGCACGUGCAGUGGCUAUGCUUCAAGACACACGUACGGGUCUAUGGUAACUUCAGCAGACAGGUGAAAAUGAAUAGAAAGCCUCCUCAGUACCUUGGAAUAUAAGCUGUAUUGAAUAAAUAAUGCAUUGAGGGGUGAAUCGGAUACCUGAUGGAGGAGUCUAAAUAAUGCACAUCUAUACACAAGAGUUUUAGCAGCGAAGAAUGCAGACAACUGGACCUAGGCUAUCGGGCAAGAUUGAAGAAUGUCUCACUAUCAUUUUAUUAAAUGCUGUUGUUUCCAGCUUUGUAAUGUUUUUCGAUCACAUGACAUGGAAAUUGACCAGUGCUUGCUGGAGUCUCUUCCUUUGGGCCAGCGUCAGCGUCUGGUGAGACGUAUGCGCUGCGACCAAAUCAAGGCUUACUAUGAAAGAGAAAAGGCUCUGCAAAAACAAGAUGCAUACAGGAGAAAAAGUAAGCAAAGAAAAAACUACAAAGUUAAUUUCCAAUUUUCUGACAAGAUACAAGAUGCAAUAAUCCACCAUGAUGAUAAAGAAGUGUUACAGUUACUUAAAGAUGGAGCUGAUCCGCAUACUUCAACUGCAUCUGGGGGAUGUCUGCUUCAUUUGUGUGCACGGUAUGAUAAUGCCUUUGCAGCAGAAAUCCUUAUUGACCGAGGAGUUAAUGUAAAUCACCAGGAUGAGGAUUUCUGGACUCCCAUGCAUGUUGCUUGUGCGUGUGACAACCCUGAUAUUGUUCUUCUACUUCUUUUUUCUGGAGCAAAUGUACUUUUGCAAGAUGUGAAUGGCAACAUUGCACUUGACUAUGCCACAGAGGGAACAGAGUCCAAUUCUAUACUUCUGACAUACUUAGAAGAAAAUGGUGUUGAUCUGACCUCAUUGCGACAGAUAAGGACCCAGAGAGCAACAGUGAUGUUAUCUGAUGUGAAGCAGCUGCUGGCUGCUGGGGGAAGCGUUAAUGAGAAAAAUGAUGAUGGCGUGACUCUUCUUCACAUAGCCUGUGCUGGUGGCUAUAAAGAUGUUGCUUGCCAGCUAUUAGAGCACAAUGCUGAUCCAGAUGCUCAGGAUAACCAGUACUGGACUCCUCUUCAUUUGGCUGCAAAAUAUGGACAGACAAGCCUAGUAAAAAUUCUUUUGGUCCAUCAAGCAAAUCCAAAUAUUAUCAACUGUAAUGGGGGUAAACCUUCAGACAUUGCUGCAACAGAAUUAAUACAAGACAUGUUAUUCAAAGCUGAAGAUAUCUCAGAAGAAAGAAAAAAAGACCCUUCUUUUUCCUCUAUUCCUCUAUAUCAAGAAGAUCAGUAUGAAGAAAUCCUACAGGAUCUUCCGCUGGCUACCAAUAAACUACGUCCAUUGGCAAUACCAAUUUCUAAGCAAGAUAGUUUGCUGGAAAAAGACACAAUGUUCAAAGAUUCAACAAAGACAUUAAGCAAGCAUUAUUCGCAAGACAAUGCUUCUGAAAGAAUCAAUAUGACCAGUUCUGCUAAACUGGAACAGAUCAAAUUAAUGCCAGCAGCUCCAAAUGAUGACUUAGCAACUCUCAGUGAACUCACGGAUAGCAGCCUGUUGUAUGAGAUACAGAAACGGUUCAAAAACAACCAAAUUUAUACCUAUAUUGGAAAUAUUCUGCUGCUUGUUAACCCAUACAAAGAUCUUCCCAUCUACUCAUCCUUGGUUACACAGUUGUAUCAUAACAGCUCUGGCCGCUUAUGUUCUUCUCUUCCUCCUCACAUAUUUGCCUGUUCGGAGAGAGCUUACCAUAUGGUUUUCCAAGAGAAGAGACCGCAGUGCUUUAUCUUAAGUGGUGAAAGUGGUUCUGGGAAGACAGAAGCCUACAAGCAUAUUAUUAAACAUCUGGCCCUCAGGUGUAAGUCCCGCAAAUACUCCUUUAAUUCAAAGAUCAAACACGUAAACACAAUCCUAGAGGCAUUUGGGCAUGCCAAAACAACGCUUAAUAAUUCCUCUAGUCGUUUCAUAAAAUUUCUUGAGCUACAGUUUUGUGAAAGGACAUCAACUUUAUGGGGAGCCAGACUGUACACAUAUAUGCUGGAAAAGACCCGUCUCAUCGAUCAAGCUCAAGGCCAAAGCAACUUCUUAAUAUUUUACCUAAUGAUGGAUGGCCUGUCUGCUGAAGAGAAAUAUAACCUGUAUCUCAGGAGCACAUCAGCACACAGGUAUCUGAAUCAGACUAAGCCGGAGGAACUGCACAGCACAGAAAACAGAGAGAAGUUUGCCAACUUCAAACAAGCGCUGAAUGCUCUGGGGUUUAAUAGUCUUGAAGUGGAGAAUAUAUUCAUGAUUCUGUCAGCUAUUCUGCACAUUGGGGAUAUCCGAUUUACAGCCCUAACGGAUGCAGAAACAGCCUUUGUGUCUGACCUGCAGCUUCUAGAACAAGUGGCAGGAAUGCUGCAGAUAUUGCCAGAUGAGUUAUCUACUGCCUUAACGACAGAUGUGCAAUACUUUAAAGGAGAUAUGAUUACACGUAGACAUUCUAUGGAAACUGCAGAAUUCUAUCGGGACCUACUUUCAAAAUCAUUGUAUUGUCGUCUGUUUAGCUAUUUAGUAAAUAAUGCCAAUUUAUACCUCCAAAAUCAAAGUGAUCAAAGCAGCUAUCCACCCCUCACAAUUGGAAUUUUGGACAUGUUUGGUUUUGAAGAAUUUCAAAAAAAUUCAUUUGAACAACUGUGCAUUAAUCUGGCCAACGAAAAAAUCCACCAGUAUAUGAAUGAACUGCUUUUCCUGCAAGAACAAACUGAAUGUGCACAAGAGGGAGUUUCCAUGGAAACCAUGUAUUGUCCUGGAAACCACACAACAGUUCUGGAUUUUUUCUUCCAGAAGCCAUUAGGUUUUCUGUCUGUUCUAGAUGAGGAAAGCCAGUCCAUUCAUUCCAUGGAACAAAGCCUCUCGAAGCGACUGCAGUCACUCUUGGAGACAUCAAAUUCAAAUACAGUGUACACAUCAGCAAAGGACGGCAAUGGCAAUGUCACAUCUAAGGAUCAAGGUCCCGUCUUCACAAUUAUGCAUUAUGCAGGAAGGGUAACUUAUGAUAUUUUUGGAGCAAUUGAGAAAAACAAAGAUGUACUAUCUCAGAAUCUUCUUUUUGUCAUGAAAACCAGUGAAAAUGUGAUAGUCAACCAGAUAUUUCAGUCAAAGCUGACUCAAACAGGAUCACUUAUACCCCCGUAUCCACCUUUGAAGCUCAGAGGACCCAAAGCAGCCUUACUUUUUAAAAAAACACUAACCACAUCAAAUGGAGAGACCAAAAAGAUCCUGGAACUUAGUAAGUUGUUGAAAAAAAAAGGAUCAUACUCAUUUCUUCAAAAGUUGGACCGUGGAGGCCCCACUACUGUGACUAUACAACUCAGGAAAUCUCUCACAGAACUGAUCGGGAAGAUACAAGGCAGCACGCUACAUCUUAUGCAUUGUAUUAAGCCUAAUAGUUCUAAACUGGCAGAAACCUUUGACAAUUUUUAUGUGUCAGCUCAACUACAAUAUAUUGGAGUGUUGGAAAUGGUGAAAAUUAUACGUCAUGGUUAUCCAGUACGUUUGGCUUUCCCUGACUUCCUGUCAAGGUAUAAGCACUUAACAGAAAUAUUAACAAGAGAGAAACACAAAGCAUCACCAGAAGAGAAAUGUCGCCAUGUUCUUGAGCAAUGCAAACAGCAGGGAUGGCAGAUUGGAACUCGCAAAGUGUUUAUGAAAUAUUGGCAAGCUGAUCAACUUAAUGACAUGUGUGUUCAGCUGCAGAGAAAAAUUAUACUAUGUCAGAAAGUUAUAAGGAUGUUUUUAGCUCGUCAUCAGCUGCGGCAUAGAAUGAAUAUUAAACAAAAUGAAGUUACUUGCAUAGAAGACUUCCUUCUGUCUGUAGAGCAGACGGGGCAACAAACCUACAAUUCACUGGUUAUCCAAAAUGCAGCUGACAUUUUUCGAGAAAAAGACAGACUUUGCUCUGAUUCAGAGGUGGCUAGCAACACAACAGUACCGGAUUUGGAUAAGGAAGACAAUCCUAACAGAAAUGAAGACAUGGGUAAAAGGAUGUUGAAAAGCACCUUUGGAGGAUACCGUUCUACACCUAACUUGUUUCAUUCAGAUUCCAUUACAAUUCCACUAAGUGUGGGUAGCUUGGCACAGUCUGCACCUGGAACAUCUGGCAGAUCCAUGUCUCUGCACACAGUUUUAAGUUUAGAUGACAGUGGUAAUCUACAGUCACCUCGAAAACAACCUCCUCCGAAACCAAAGAGAAACCCUACUACAAGAUUAAGUGCUUCUUAUGAAGCUGUUAGCGCGUGUCUUAUUGCUGCAGCUAAGGAUCUUGAUAAUGAUGCUCUCUAUCGGCCAAGACCGCAUAGUGAUGAUUACAGCACCAUGAAAAAAAUUCCACCGCCAAAACCAAAGAGAAGUCCCAAUACAAAGCUGAGUGGCUCCUAUGAGGAAAUAUCUGUCCAUAGAUUUGGUGAAGUGAAAUCAUUAAGUGUGCUAGUGAGAAAAUGCAGUCGGGAUAUGGGAACCAUGCAAAGAGCUGCCUCUGCAGAUGGACCACAUCCAGGGAUGUUAUCUGUAUAUAUGUCACAGGAUGAAGAUGAUAAUGAACCUGUGUAUAUUGAAAUGGUUGGUAAUGCUAAGAAGAGUUGCCCACCCGAAGCCUGCAGUCCAGAACAAGGAGAAGCUGUAUAUGAGGAGAUGAAAUAUUUCAAUCCUGAUCAGAUAAAUAGAAACACUGUGCAGACCAGUCUCUCACAAACUUUUUUGUCAAAUAUGAACUUAGUUGAUGGCUGUGCCAUAAGUAAAAAAGUGGAUGGCCAGUGCAGGGAAACAUAUGACAUACCAGCUCCAUUUCCAAACCUCCUUGCUCAUCGACCUCCUCUACUGGUAUUUCCUCCUGCCCCAGUUACUUGUUCUCCUGCAUCUGAUGAGUCCCCCUUGACUCCAUUAGAAGUAAUAAAACUUCCUGUACUUGAAACAAACAUAAACUUUUCUAUACAGUCGGAAUGUCCAAGUCCAAUAUCUCCUCAAUGUGCAAAAUAUCAAAAAGGGGACAGUGAAAGACCAUCAUCACCAGCACAGAGUGCACUUUGUGUUACAAGCAAGAUGUCCCCACCUUCUACGCCUCCACAGCAACCAACCUCAGCUCCUUACAGUUCGACUACACACUUUACUUUUCCUACUGAGACCCCAUAUGCCUUGUUAGUUAAUUCUGCAAAGAGGUCUCUUCAUACAGAUACUCUAAAAACACUUUGUAGACCUAGUCCUUCUGUAACUGAUACUUCUUCUAGCACAGUGACCAAAUUGCCCUUUUCUUCACCAGUAAAAAUUCCAAGGACUAUUCAAACUAAAUCUCCUUCUGUGUUUCCAGCCAGUGUAACCAACAUUAGCAAUGUGACAAGUCCUCUGGAUGAGUUAACAACCCUCUUUAACUCAGGGAGGAGUUUACUGAGAAAAUCUGCAGCUGGCAGGAAAAUUCGUGAGCUGGAAGGUGUUGAGCGGAAUCUGAAUACAAGCACUGGGGAAGAUACUGCAAUGCCAGAUACUCAAGAUACAAAUGCAAAUAAUCAAGAUAACCAGCCAUUAAGCACUUUAUCUAUAUGUGAACCAUGUGAGAAUGGAAACUCUGUUUCUAGUGGUCUAGAAGAAGAUUUGAACUGUAAAUAUCGUAGCAGCACAACAAAUGCUUCAGUACCAAGGAACAAAGAAAACUACAGUAGCCAGGUUAUUCAUCAGUUAAGGUUGUCUGAGAAUGAGAGUGCUGCAUUACAAGAGCUAAUGGAUUGGAGACGAAAGCUUUGUGAAGAUUCGGAAGAGAGGCAGAAAGACUUGACAAAGACUGAACAGACAAAUGCUGCUUCUACUCAAAUCCUCUUAGUGGAAUUUGUACUCUAGUAAAGAUUAAGAGCUACCACCUCCAAUGAUAAAGAAACUUUUUUAUCUGUCAGGGCUUUGUCUAUGUGAAUAUCCAUGCUCCAACAAAGACUGUUCACUUUAUUAUUAUAAAACAUGUUUUUAAAUCUGUGUAACAAUCUUUGAAAAUGGAAAGCAUGAAUUAGUUCAAUGCCUUGGUGUUUAAUCUGGUGUGUUAAUCUAUAUGGUUGAUAUACUCAAUGUGCAUUGUGUUUCAGAUAUAAUCUAAAGUGAGAGCUCCCAGCAAAAAAUCUGUAAAAGGGACAAUAUAUGGAAUAGUUCUCAGAUGUUAGGGUGAAUGUCUUCAAUGAUUGUUUUUUAUAUCAUUAAAAUUUUGAAUCCUG